UUGGACUUCAAAUUUCUACACUCACUUCAACUUUGCUACUCCCCUCCGGCGUGCUAUAUGGCAGGCGCAUCGCCCUCAAAAUAGUGUUAGAAAUGGUACUCCGCAAAGACCAAUUGGAAGUCCAGCUCAAAGACGAGCACCAACUUAUUGCGACCGGCGUUCUGAGAGACGAGAGCCCACUUGAUGUCACCGAUGAAUUCCAGAAGCUCUGCGAUGCUUGCAGAGUUGGAGAUUUGAAGGGAUGUCAAGAGGCCAUUGCUUCAGGGGCCGAUAUCAAUGCCCGGGACUAUUUUGAUUACACUCCUUUAAUUCUGGCAAGUCUCUGUGGCCACUACGAAGUCGUCCGCUUGCUCCUUGAAUCUGGCGCGCUCUGCGAACGAGACACCUUCCAGGGCGAGCGAUGUCUCUACAAUGCCUUGAACAAUCGAAUACGAAAUCUCCUCCUACAAUACGAUUACUCGAAAAGCACGGAUCCUUUGCAGCCACUCGCAUCCCAUAUCACCUCGUUGCUUACACGAGAAACACCAAAGACCUCAGAUAUUUGCCUUACUGCAUCUUCCGAACAAUGGAACCUGCACAAAUUCGUGCUUUCUGCACGAUCGUCAUAUUUCUCCGCGAAACUCGCUGCCGCCCCAGAAACUACCGUUUGGAAACUGUCUAGCACAAUACCACCCGAAGCUUUCCAAAUUGCUCUACGUUAUCUAUAUCUUGGAGAUGUCCCUUCAGAUCUCGGAUUGAUUAAUAAGGGUUUUGUCACAGAGGAAGAAGUGUUCAAAGGCAUUGACAAAGUCAGUAAACAAUUAGAAAUUGACACACUCUGGGAUAGUAUAUUAUCGGGAAAUGACCGGCGAAUGGCUCGACAACGGCGUCAGGAUGAAGUCACACGAGGGCGAAGUCAAAUCGAAGACUGGUACCGGAAUAAUGUGUUGAAAUAUAAAGUCGAGGUGGAGCACAGCAAGGCUCACGAUGUCAAAUGGACUCGAGACAAUGGAAUAUUCGCGGACGUCUUGCUCCGAGCAGACGCGGAAGUCGCAGAGAAGUCCAAAACUGGCAAUGAAACUCCUAAAGUACGAAACACUGCUGGCCAGCUGAACGGCAUACCUAUUGGUCCACCAGCGGCUUCCAGAAGCCCAUCGACAGUGAGGAAACCAAGAAAAUCCGUUCUGUUUCCCGUUCAUCGUGCGAUGUUAUUGAGAUCCGAAUAUUUCCAUGCAAUGUUCGGAUCUUCGUUUCAAGAGGCUCAGCUCACUGAGUAUCUUCAGAUUGUGAACGUCGAUUGCAGUCCGGAAGUCCUGGAAAUUGUUUUGACCUUCCUUUACACGGAGAAGGCGGAUAUUCCGAUCGAGCAUGCCUUAGAUGUGCUAUUCGCCGCAGACAUGCUUUUCAUUGAGAAAUUGAAGACCAAGGCAACUGUUGUGAUUUCCACGAUUGGUAUGGGAACAGGCGGUCUCGCUGACAGGAGUCACACUCAAGCCAGUCAAGAUCAAGAGGUCGAAGUCGAGCCAAUUAACGUGUACGACGUGAUUCAUGCUGCUUGGUUUCUAAAAGUACAACGUCUGGAAGAAUUCAGCGCACGAUAUCUGGCAUAUCGAUUAGAAGAUUACAUCGACGAGGAAGAGUUCGAGGAACUAAUUAAAGAGAGUGCGUCCAGGAUUCAGAAACGCCAAGAAACGGACAGUAUCGAGUUGCUAGAUGACAUUCGAUAUUAUCUAUCUGAGCGUUUCCGCCUCCGUUUCGAAGAUUCGGGGCUUGAAGACUUGAUGGAUGAAGAUGGUGAGCUCAACGCGGAGGCCGCACAAGCCAUUUCAAAUGCUGUGGGAGCGAUAAAUGAAGUGGUAGACUCGGAGGCACCGCAGUCAGAGUCCACGAAGAGCGAAACAAUUCCAGUGGACCCAGUGUCGAAUCCAUUAAUGAACGGCGAGAUCAAAACGCUUGACGGUGAAAUUGCUGGCGACGAAUCCGCGGCUGACGCGAUUAACUACCAGGUCCUCCUGGGCAAGAUUGAUUCCAUGCUGGAACGACUGAAGCUCGACGCCUAAAGAUACCAGAAACGGGAAUAGAUGUCCCAAAGUCCUACCGGGGAAGU